AACAAGUCCGCCGCCGCCGCCGCCGCCGCCCCCUCAGGCGAUGAGAAGAAAGCCGGCGAUGUCGCAGGUGGAGAGAAGAAAGCUGAGGGUGAGAAAAAGGCAGAGACUGGCGGCGGGGAAGGUGGAGACGACAAGGAAAAGACAGACGGAGGUUCGCCAGAGGAUGGGAUCGCCGGCGGGAAGGUGUUGGAGCUCAAGAAAAACGAGUUCUAUUAUUAUUAUCCGAGAUAUCCAACGGAGUAUCAGUCGUACGCGCCGCAGCUGUUCAGUGACGAGAACCCGAACGCUUGCUCUGUUAUGUAAAAAUUGUUAAGAAAGAAGAGUGAUUUCUAUAUAUGAAUGAGGCGGGCAUAAUGUUAAUAAGCUUUUUUUGUUGGGUUGUCUAAAUGCUAAUCAGCUUCUUUCUCUUU